GAGCGUGGGGGUCGGGCUGCGCAAAUCUCUGAAGAUCGGCCCCACGGGAAAGGGAGUCAUCCACCUGUUGCCCGUCAUUGGAAAGGCGUGGUACGCACGCCGUGCGCACGCAAUGUGCCUCAAGGAUAUGACCAAUGCGUUCGGGAGUGCCGGCUGGGAGGCCCUCGAUAGAGUCAUGACCACCGCCGCCCAGGACCUGGCAUUGCGCAAGCAGAGGUACCGACAG